GUACAAUGGAUUUGGUAGAGUCGAGAGCUCCUACUAUGAUCUCUGGGCUGAGUACUACUUGAAGUUCUUUGAUGCCUAUCUGGAAAACAACGUCACAUUUUGGGGCGUGACCACGCAAAACGAACCUGUAGAUGGGCUGUUUGGUACCAGUGUACCGAAUAAUGGCUUCACUUCAUCUGAAAUGGUAAACUGGAUUAAAAACUCAUUUGGACCGACAAUUCGCAACUCCAGUUACAGCGAUUUGAAAAUCAUGGUGCAUGAUGACCAGCGGCUUUUAUUGCCACUCUUAAAAUACCAAGUAAUCAGUGAUAGCGACGUACUGGCAUAUGCUGAUGGCAUAGCUGUCCAUUGGUACACAGACUUUAUCACUUCAGCGUCGCUGUUAGACUUUGCUUCAAGUGACGAUAAGGAUUUGUUCCGUUUGGGCACUGAAGCAUGCAUAGACCCGACUACUGACCUCGGAGUAACUAUUGAUUUGGGUAGCUGGGCCCGAGGGGAGCGAUACUUUAAAAGUAUUAUCGAGGACUUGAAUUAUGAUUUUGUCGGCUGGGUUGACUGGAACAUGGCUUUAAAUACCAGUGGAGGGCCGAACUGGAUCCAAAAUGAGGUGGACGGGCCCAUAAUAGUCAACACAACAUCCGACGAAUUUUACAAACAGCCAAUGUUUUACGCUCUGGGCCAUUUUUCCAAGUUUGUUGUCACCGAUUCGCAAAGAGUUGCUAUCAGCACAACAGACGAUGAUCUGGAUGUAAUCGGCUUUGUUCGACCAGAUGGACUGGUUGCUGUUGUGAUUUUGAACAG